AAUUUCCUCGUAUUCUGAUAGAUCGACGAGCCCAUCCGUAGCACAUCGAGCCUAUGUCAUGGGCUAGUAUUCUGAUUGCACAUUUAAAUGAAUAUGGCGGAGCCGAAGAGUGUCGCAAGAGCAUCGCUUUGUACGGGACAAUUAUAGAUGGCAUAUUAACCGAUGAUACUACAGACGCUUCCCAAGACCCGUGUAAAGGACCUGAAGUACCUAAAUAAGGUCUUGACCAUCAGAGAAAGUUAAGACCUUGACAUGGCAGAUCAUGCAGAGUCCAAUGGAGAAAUCUUCGGCAGAAGUGAUGAUGAGAUGGUGAACGAUUUUCAGCAGAGUUUGAAUGAGUCAGCGGGUGAUUCAGAAGGAAGUACGUCGUUCCCCGAUCAGGGUGGCAGCUUGGGUAUCCAAUCAGCCGACAAAGAUAGCCACAUAAGCGACAGCAGCUCCGAUUACACCUAUCCUGUGGAUGGCGAACGAAAUGCAGAUGUAGAAGCUUUGGUUACUUACCAUGAAAAGUACAAAGGCGAACUGGAGUACGAGAAGGAGCAACACGAAAAAGCAAUGGCGCUGAGGGAGAAUGAAUUUGCAGAAGAACGAAUCGGUUGGCGGGAGACACUAGAAAAGGAACACGAGGCUACAGAAGCUCUGGCGGAGGAAAAUGCAAGGAAAGAUGCAGAGCUGAUCGAAGUAAAGAGAGAGUUUGCGAGAGCGAAUGAGGAAAACGUGGAGGCAGAGAGAGAACGAUGCAACCAAAAGCUAUACGAGCAGCAGGAGCAGUUUGACGAGAGACUUCGAGUAGAAAUGGAGAAGAAAGACCAAACAAGGGAGCGUCUGAUUAUUCAGCAUGGCAACGAAGUAGAUGCUGUGAGAAACCAGUCUUUGGAUGAGAUUAGGAGUCUGAGAGGCGAGGUCGAACAGCUAAGAAAGAAGGUCCGGGAAGCAGGCGAGAAAACCAAUGUAGCAACUGAAGAGAAUGUCAGUGCAGUAGCUAAGAUAGGCGAGUUGUCUAAUGAUAUGAGAAAGAAGGAAGCAGAACUGACCAGGGUCAAAACUAAGCUGGUUGAGCAAGAGAAGGAGCACGAGGCCUUGUUGAAUCAACAGAAGGCAGAGCAAAAAGAACACCGUCACAUUGACCGUGAAAACUGUCGGAUGAAAAUAGAAUUGGAGGCUUUGGAACGGAGACUUGAGGAUGAAAAGAAGUCGCAUACAGUCACAAGGCAAGCACUGGCAAGAAACAGUGACAUUUCAUCUGAUGUGUCAAUGAAAUGUGUGGUUGAUGCACAUGCACAACUGAUAGAAGACGUGAAGGAAGAAAUGCGUGAAAAAGAAGGAAGAUACCAACAACGUAUUGAGGAGCUGCAGCUGAGCGUUGAGGAGGCAAGGAAAGGUCGCUAUGAAGACCUCGAAGAGAAACACGAAAUGGAUUUAGAGCGCAUGGAGGCUGUCUAUCGUGAUAAAGUUUUGAACUUGGAGCGUCAAAAGGAGGACAUGAUAACUGUUCACAGGCGCGAAUUGGAUGCAUACCAGAAGAAGCUGGUAGAUGCACAAAAUGAGAGUUGCAAAGACAAGGAUAAGUUGGUCAGAGAGAUACGGAACCUACAACAGAGGAUAAAGCAGAUGAAGACCGAACGCAAGGAAAUGCAAUGGUCUUUGGAAGCAAAGGCAGCACUGUGUGACCGACAGGAGGGUGCCACAAAUGAUUUGAAGAAGGAAUUGGGACAGGCUAAAGAGGACAAAAAGGCAUUAGAGGAAAAGAAUGCCGCGGAAUCGAUUGCAACUGACAAACAACACGAGGAGGCACUGGCAUGUAAGGUAAAGGAAAUCAGCGACCUUCGGGAAAAACAGAAGCUGAAGUUGAUGAAUAAGGAGGUGGAAUAUUCUGCGAAGCAGGAGGAGGCGAAGGCCAUCAUGGAGAGGCAGGAGGUGACCCACAGAGCUGAAGUUGAGAAGGAGAGGCAAGCACAUGCAGCAUAUCUUCAGGAGGUGAGACGCGAUAAGGAGGAGGCUGUGGCACAGACAAAGCUUGAUGCCAAGGACAGGGAACAAUUGAUGAUGAGUGAACACGACAAACUGAUACAGUACUUGAAGGAUGAGAUCGCUGACCUCAAGGGGCAAUUAGAGAAGGCUAGGGAGAGACUUGACAAGGAGCAGGAGGAGAGGAGGAAGGAUAUGACAGAUGCUAGAGACGCAGAGAGAAGGAAUCGCGAAGAAUUCGAGGCCAAGAACAAGAAAAUUAUGGAAGAUCAUCAAGCUGAUAUGGAGGCGCAGAAGGCUGGUUACGAGAAAAAGCUAAGGGAGAUGGAACUCCAGAUUGGCGAGAUGAACGAGAACCUGGCGGCAGAAAGGGAUAGGCAUGCACAGGUGUUGCAGGAUGAGAGAAGAAAGGCCGAGAAGGAGAGGUGUGAUGCUGUCAAUAUCCAGACAGAAGCACAUGUAAAAUCUGAGAAUGCUUCCCGUGAAGAGCGUCGGCAGAAGGAUGAAAAGAUCGACGAACUAAAACGAGAAAUAUGGAGGCUGAAUACCUCAAUACCUCCGGAGAAGAAAAAGAUGAGGCGGUUAAGUUUGUCCAGUUUGAGCAGAAAGAAACGAAAGGAUAGUCAUGCGUCGCUGGAUGACACACGCGAUGGUGCCCAUGGAGAGCUCCUUCAGGAAUCUUAUGAGGGACCUUGUAACAAUGAGGCCUAGCACAAAGGUACGAUGAAGAUUGUGUCAGAAUGUCUCAUUUUACACGACAGCACUUUUCUAACAAUAACACAUUCCUUAACAAACCAUGGUUGUGUGAUUAAUUUUCCAACUGCGGAAACAGAAACCAGAAAAUGCAAUUUGCUUCUGCUUUGACAAUUUAGCUCCGAUUCAACUUCUAAAUGUGUUCUGCUGCAGCGGGAAAAUCACACUCAUGUGGCUAUUAUGUGGUAUUUCAAAUCACUAAAUAGGGUGAUUGAUGGUAUGUAGAUGCAUCAUUAAGACACAAACUACACCGCAAGCAGGUAAUAUUUCAUAACCAAGAAAUUGCUUGUGCUGAGUAUAAUUCCUGUGCCUGUGUUAGGUUUUACCAAUACCUUGGACCAAAUACCGGUACUUAAAUUUACAGUUAUACUUCCCGCCAAAGAGAUAUGUAUCGUUGUGAUAAUGACAUUUGAUUGUACAUGUAUAUGGCUGUGAUUUUGUUUCUAUGUUUAUGGCCCUUGGGUCACCUUUCAUGAAUUUUAUCAAACAAAUGUACUUAACACAUUGGGCGUUAUCCUUUGAGGUGUGCGAAUUUCACCACUUACAAUGUACUUUAGAGAGAAUUUGCUGGUCUCUUGCGUUCGAUUUUUUUCAUGCACGUAGCUUUCAAUUGGAACGAAAAUUGUGUCCUCAUAAUAUAAUCAUUUUUGAGGUUUCUUCAGAAAGGGUGAACUUUCAUCAAAAAUCCCCGUUUUUCUCACCACCAUUGGCCGCCCAGAGCACCCUCCCUCUCUGAUCUCAAGCGUAUAAAGAAAAAUUCCUUUGGUUUCGGACUGGCCCAUGCCAUCAGAUGAAGCUCGUGUAUUUAACAUUGUUUUAAAGAGAUAAUGGCGAGUCGAUGAUACCCCGUUUUGGACAUCGUUGGGCAACCACGGUUCUUUUACAAUAAAAAGGUACACAGUAAUUUUAGCCAUGCUCAUUUUUGUGAAUUAAGUCAAAUAAAUAAGAAGCUUCUCUUGGAACAAAUUUAAAGACUUCAUGUCCUUGUUAUAAUUAUUUUUGAGGUUUUCUUCAAAAAGGGUGAACCUGGUCUCACCAACAGGGUGUUAUCCAACUACAGCCACCGUUGUUAUUCAACUAUGCUCGGGUAAUUGUCUUUGAAGUAUGUUGUUCUUCCUCUGGUUCAUCAGUAAACUAUUUUUCUGAACGUGUU